AUGGGCCAGGCUGUCUGGAGCGAUAACAACAAUAACGCAGGAGCAUUCUUCGUAUGGGGCGGCGAAGCAUCAUAUGACGACGAUGUGAUACCCUCAAAGGUUUGGCGUUUCCAAGCUGACGGUGUUGGAAGAGGAUCCUGGGAGCAUGCCUUGGUGAGCAACCAGAAGGACUUUACCAAGAUCAAACGACCUAUGGGAGGUGCCUUUGCUCAAAUCGGAAAUGUCGGCUACUACGUUGAUGAGAAAUGGCACACGCAACGCACGACUGGAGAGCAGCCAACAAGAAGGCAAAAGUUUUGCACCGUAAGCGUGAAUGGGCCAGACAACACUUAUGAUAUCUUCAUGUACGGUGGCAGCACAAGAGAUGACGGUAUCUCUGACGAAGUUUACGUCCUGACCCUCCCCGGCUUCAACUUUUUAAAAGCCAGUAGCACAUCAUCAACUGCGCGCUUCAACCAUGCUUGUGUUCGGAUCGGCAAGCGCCACAUGCUCUCCAUGAGCUGGGUACAUCGGUAUAAUGAUAGCGCAGAGCAGUAUGAGAGCCCUGAGGUAGUGAAGAAGUGGUACAACGAAGGUGGCCGGAAUAACGUCGAGUGGUCCAGCGAACAAGUGAAGUUGCUCUUUGCUUCAAGUAAGUGGCCACAUACCGAAGAACAAGACUGA